AUGGCGGACGUAGUGGCAAGCAGCAACACCAAUGGCAUACAACAUCCGGGCAGACCGACAGCCUUUUCUGAGACCCAGUAUGGCUUGAUGACCGACGACUCAGACAUUGGAACACCCUCAGACGAGAGCUCCACCGAACAGCAGGAGGAGUUUCCUACAGACGAUGCCCAAUCGCUUGUGGGAUUCAGUAUUGGCCGUGCACAGACACGCCUUACCUCGCCAAAGACACCGGCCGCGGAGAAGGCUGCCGUACUGGAUGAUCUGGAUGGCGGAGAACUAUUUACUGACGGGUGGCCAGUACCGGUGGAUGGAACACCAGAAGAGCGAGGUCAGCAGAUUGUGACCGUUCCUAUUGAAUACCAUGGGGAGCAGUUGUGCACUACGGAGACUUACACGGAGUCAUUUCCCACCUAUUUAGACGCGCCAGAGUCUCCCGUAUACCGGAUGCCGUCGCCUUGGGCACCUGGUAUCAAACCGUUCCAAAAGACGGAAGGAGCAAGAGCGUCAUUUCGAGAAGCACUCAACGCACACAGACGAAAAGCAUCGUCUAGCUUCGCCAUGCCUGAAGCGCUGAAGAAGUACAUCCCAUCAUUACCACGAAAUGCGCAUAUAUUAGGAUAUCCCAUUCCGGGGUUUUCGAGCGCACCUGACGACAAUGACGAAUCGGAGAACGCGAUAGAUCCCAGACCAUACAGGCCUAGCACGGCAACCACAUGGCUAGACAGAUGGGAAGAGACUCCUUUUUGCCGCAAUCGAUCACACAGCAAUACCAGUGCCUCCCAGAGGUAUGCUACAAUGCAGGAAACCCGGGGUGCCCCCCUCAUCUCAACAGCGCUUCAGCGGACUAUAUCUGGUGCACGGGACGACUACUCACUUCCCCUGAGCUCCGGUCCAGUCAGCCGGCAGCAGUCGAAACAUCCUGGGCUGCGGCGGUCAGCAUCUGACCAGGCUCUUGACUUACACCGCUCGCUCUCCCGCGUAUCAUCACUUGGCGAUGACAGCCGCUUCGAGAAUGUGCAGGGUCAGGUGAAUAGCCGCCUGAAAGCAAUCAAAGAUAGUUGGCAAGACUCAAACUUCAAAUUGCCAAGUUUGCCUACGAUGUCUAACCGCGGCUUUGGAUCAUAUAGGGCCGAUUUGAUCAGAGCUAGAGACGGCAUGUCAUCUUCGAGAGAUAUUCUUUCCCGUACAUGGCCCGUGGAAUCCAGGCGAGACCCGUCUUCAACAGGUGGCAACGCGAAUGGGACCUCAAAGCAGCCUACAGUAACUGCAGGUAUGAGUGGCGCCAGCGCUGCAAGUCAUCCUUUCUUCACCCAGGCCUUGAAUGCAGUUACGGGCGAUUUGGUUGUUCUAGGUGGCUAUCGAGGAUCUGUACUGCGAUCCGCAGAGCCACCACACCGACAGCUCUGGGCACCAAUCAAGAUUGGAGUGAACCUUCGCAAGGUCGAUCUUGAAGUUGGUUUGGAUCCAAAAGACGAGGAGACGAUGGAAGAACGGGUGAUACCGGGCGGCAUGCUCACGCACAUCGGACCGGUUGACAUGUCACGUCGACUCUUGAAACGCCUUAGAGCAUCGGAAAAUGCAAAGAACAAAACGCUUCGCGUGCAUAACUACGGCUACGACUGGAGGCUGAGUCCCCAUCUGCUCAGCCGUAAGCUGAUACAGUUUGUUGAAAGGCUGGCCUGCAACGCACCAGGCACGCCACCAGACAAGAGAGGCGCGACAAUAAUCGCUCAUAGUCUCGGUGGCUUAAUCACUCGACACGCUGUAAACCAGCGCCCUGAGCUUUUCGCCGGUAUUGUAUAUGCCGGCGUGCCUCGCAGUUGUGUCAACAUCCUAGGCCCUCUGCGCAACGGGGAUGACGUCUUAUUGAGCUCGCGAGUUCUAACCGCUCAGGUGAAUUUCACAAUCCGUACCAGCUUCGCGCUCUUGCCGCUGGAUGGAAAGUGCUUCAUCGACAAGAACACCAAAGAGGAGUACCCUGUCGACUUCUUUGACCCACAGACUUGGAUAGACUACUGUCUCUCGCCAUGUGUCGCAAGGCCUCUACCGCCCUUGAAUGCACCUCAGCCUGGCUUCGUCAGCGGUAUACUCGGCAGCGUUACCAGCUCAAUGGCCAGCGUCCUACCCAGCUUCCCCGUCACGCGCAAAGGCUCCAUCUCGUCGCGAACAUCCAAUGGACAGCCUAGCUCCGUCAAAGAAAAGCUAACCUCAGCCGCCAAAACCACUGCCGCAGAAGCCGAGAGCGGCAGUGCCGGCUCCUACAUGGCCCCCCAGAUGGGCGGCAACGUUUCCUCCGACCCGGCAGAAUACGGCGCGGAUCCUAACGCCUCGGUCUCUACAGCCGUGACCAUACCACGGGAAGCCGCUAUCGCUUACCUCACGCGCACAUUGGCAGAGGUGAAGGCUUUCAAAGAGGAAACGGCGUUCAUAUCCGGUCAUGCGGAGAAGAACCUCUACCCGCCUGUCGCGGUCAUAUACGGCAAGUCGACGCCUACGGUCUACGGCGCAAAGGUCGCGGGACGCGAAGGCAUCAAGAGGGCGGAUGCGUACGAGGAGCUCGCCUUUGCAAGCGGUGACGGUGUCGUUCUAGCGAAAUCGGCCAUGGCGCCGGAAGGUUAUCAAGUCAUGCGCGGCGGGAUUGUUGCUAGUGAGCGGGGUCACGUUACGCUGCUUGGUGACCUGGAAGCUGUCGGGAGAUGCCUGAAUGCUGUGAUCGCUGGCAGGAAAGCUGGGAUUGGGGUCAGUGCGAAAGAAGAUUCGUAG